GGUCUAGCUUUCACUUUGUGUCGGGCGGUUUUAAAGAUUAGCCAUUUGAAAAGAGUUCAUGUAUCUGACUUUAUGUGUGUGUGGACAGCUACACGGCCAGCUUAACGCGACUCCGUGACUGUUACGGAACGAACGAAACGUUUGAAGGCGAACAGCCAGACUUGAUCGCGCGAGUCGAGUUCAAGGUUCAACCUCCAGUGGAAACUCAUAGGCUUGGGUUUAAACGUGAGGGGGACGUCAUGGCCGAUUCGGGCCACGAUCGCACUGAAACGCUGAACUUCAACGUGGGGGUGCUGGGACACGUCGACAGCGGGAAGACGUCGCUUGCCAGGGCGCUGAGCAGCACAGCCUCCACGGCUGCCUUCGACAAGAACCCGCAGUCCCGGGAGAGAGGCAUUACUCUGGAUCUCGGCUUCUCCUCCUUCACGGUGGAUCUCCCGGCUCACCUGCAGCAGAGCGCCGGACAGCAGUACGACAGCCUGCAGUUCACCUUGGUGGACUGCCCCGGCCAUGCCUCCCUUAUUCGAACCAUCAUUGGGGGGGCUCAGAUCAUCGACCUGAUGAUGCUAGUGGUGGACGUGGUGAAGGGGGUGCAGACUCAGACGGCCGAGUGUCUGCUGAUAGGCGAGCUGACCUGCUCUCGCAUGGUGGUCAUCCUAAACAAGGUUGACUUGUUGGCUCCCAACAAGAGACAGGGCGCCAUUGAGAAAAUGACCAAGCGACUGCACAAGACGCUGGAGAGCACCAGAUUUAAAGGAUGUCCGGUGAUCGCUGUGGCAGCAAAGCCAGGUGGCCCAGAGGCCCCGGAUACAGAAGAGCCACAGGGAGUUCCAGAGCUCAUAGAGCUGCUGAAGAAACAGACGUACCUCCCUCGCAGGGAUCCCGAGGGUGCCCUGCUGAUGGCCGUGGACCACUGCUUCUCCAUCCGCGGUCAGGGAACAGUCAUGACCGGCACCGUCCUCCAGGGUUCGCUGGCUGUCAACGACGUCGUGGAGAUCCCGGCCCUGAAGGUGACCAAGAAGGUGAAGUCCAUACAGAUGUUCCGGAAGCCCGUGUCAGGAGCCCUGCAGGGGGACCGUGUGGGCGUGUGCGUGACACAGUUUGAUCCGAAACUUUUGGAGCGCGGCGUGGUAUGCACCCCGGGCUCCCUGCACACCCUCAAUGCAGCCCUCAUCUCUCUCAGAAAGAUCGGCUAUUUCAAGGGCUCGCUCGCCACCCGUGCCAAGUUCCACAUCACUGUUGGCCACGAGACCGUCAUGGCAAGGGUGACCUUCUUUGGUCUGCCGCCUGUGGAGACGCCCAAGUCCCCGUCCGUUGCUACACCGUCCCCUUCAGACCCGCAACCCUGCCCUCUGGACUCGCCCUUCUCCUUUGACCAGGAGUAUCUCUACCAGGAUCACUACAUCACCGGUCAGGGAGAGGCAGGGUUGGGACCCGACCCGCAGCAAUGGGCCCUCUUAGAGUUUGAGCGGCCGGUCACAUGCCCCUCGCUCUGCUUGGUGAUUGGCUCCAAGCUGGAUACGGACAUCCACGCCAACGCGUGCCGGUUGGCCUUCCAAGGGCGUCUGCUGGAGGGCUUUGAGGACAAGGCCUACGCUGAGACCACUCUGCCCCGCCUGCACAUCUUCAAGACAAAGAACAAAGAGGGCCAAGUGGAAAGGGUGACUGAUGACUACACUGUGAUUGGACGAAACCUGUUCAAGAAAGAGACCAACCUGCAGCUCUUUGUGGGCUUGAAGGUCACGCUGUCGACAGGCGAGUCGGGGAUUAUCGAGGGUGGUUUCGGACAGAGCGGGAAGUUUAAGAUUCGGAUAUCAGAGGGUCUUGGCCCAGAAACCAAGCAGCUAUUGUCCUCCACCUCGAAGAAGAAAGGAAAAGGUGAGGGCAGAGGCGACGCAGCGAAAGGCGACGAGCCCAAAGCAGACUCCCAGCCAGUCGGCAUUCACUUGCACUUCAAGCGAUACGUCUUCGAUCCCCAUAAGAAAAUGGUUCAGUCCUGACCCGUUGCACACAAUAUUCAGGGUUAGAAAAGAAAAACCUGUGUAGAGGAAGAGGAAGUGCGUUCAAGAUGACAUGGUGUGAAAGUGUUGAAAAGACUUGCCUGUGCACUUGGGGUAUGUUGGCUUUCAUCGUCCUCCUCCUCCUCCCUGGUAAUGGAGUCAUGGUACUGAGCCGCGGUACUUCUCGAAUGUUGAGACGAACAAGGAAAUUGUGAUUGUGUUUGCUGGCCUUCAUAUGUGAUUAAUCUAGUUUACCCUGUCACAUGGACGAGGCUUUGCCCCGUACGCUUCUAGUGACAGGAUCUACACUGACACUGUUGGUCAGAUGUUGCCGUCGAAAUCUGAGUCUCUUACUUGUCUGUAGUACAAAUCAGAACCUCUUCUAAAUGAAUGUUCCCUUUCUAUCCGCGUGGCUAAAAUUCUGCUGGACAUGAAGAGAUUCCUGGAAAAUAUCGCAUAUCAUACCAAGCUGGAUUUAGAUGCCAGUAUUUUCCCGGUUCUGAUUCUUCUGCUUCUGUCGCAUGAUCCCAAAGUGACUUUUGAUUUUCUUUUAAAUGAAUUUACUGGAAACCUUGGCUUUUACCCCGAUGGGCCGAUUUUGUUACAGUUGCUGUGAGUUUAUUUGAGAACUAAGGCGAAUAAAACUGCUAAA